CCCGAUGUACUCCAAGAAUAGUUAGAUAGCUUGUUGACAGGACAUUCAAGUAUUGCAACAGCCCGUUUGUGUUGUCUUAGUUUCUUUACUUCUCUAACCAUAUGUGCGGCGCUCCAUCCUCUGUGGUUUAAACUUCCUCAGCCUGGAUGUCUGUGGAUGUGUUUGAAUCCCUGUGUAUUCUUGUCUGUAUUUCGGUGUGUGUGUAUGUCCUGUUGUCCGUACUGCCAGGGUUGUGUGUGCCGGUGUCUGACAGUCCGUGUCCUGUGUUCCUGCAGCAUAAGCUCAAGUCUUCACAGAGGGACAAAGUUCGGCAGUUUAUGUCCUUCACACAGGCGGGAGAGAAGACUGCGGUGUACUGCCUGACGCAGAAUGACUGGAAACUAGAGGUGGCCACAGACAAUUACUUCCAAAACCCAGACCUCUUCUGUAAGGAACCUAUGAAAACCUCCACAGACCGCAAGAAGUUGGAACAGCUGUACAACCGCUACAAAGACCCCCAGGAUGAGAACAAGAUUGGCAUUGAUGGGAUUCAGCAGUUCUGUGAUGACCUGUGUCUGGACCCGGCCAGCAUCAGUGUCCUCGUGGUGGCAUGGAAGUUCCGUGCUGCCACCCAGUGCGAGUUCAGCAAGAAGGAGUUCCUGGAUGGAAUGACAGAGUUGGGAUGUGACAGCCCAGAGAAGCUGAGGGUUCUUCUGCCCAGACUAGAGCAGGAUCUGAAGGACAGUGGGAAGUUCAAGGACUUCUACCAGUUCACCUUUAACUUUGCCAAGAACCCUGGCCAGAAGGGUUUAGAUUUGGAGAUGGCGGUGGCUUACUGGAACCUGGUACUUGCGGGUCGCUUUAAGUUCUUGGAUCUAUGGAAUAGAUACUUAUUGGAGCACCACAAACGUUCCAUCCCCAAGGACACAUGGAACCUCUUACUGGACUUUGGAAACAUCAUCACAGACGACAUGUCAAACUAUGACGAAGAAGGGGCGUGGCCAGUUCUGAUAGAUGACUUUGUGGAAUUUGCUCGACCAAUCGUGACAGGAUCCAAACGUAUAAGCCACUGAUCUCACCGGUCUCGCCAGGAGAGCAUGACUUUGUUCCCACUGACUUUGUAGUUUUUGUUUUAUAAGACGAUACGAGAUACAAAAAUGCAUCCGAGAAGAACUGAAAAGCACUUGAAACCACGUCACCGCACAAAUAUCAGGAAUCCACCUAUCAGGGAGUAUAACAAUAAUGACAACGCUAUAAGUGGGUCAUCUCUGUGCUCAUGUGUUGGAGAAGGCACGGCUUGCAUUUCACCAGCUUUUGGUUGUGGACUCUAUGGAGGAACAAGGAAGCCCCGCCAGAGGAGGAAACCUGUGUUGUUUUCUGGCCCUGGUGUGAUAUCCAAGCAUCCUGGGCCAGAACUGUGGUCUUCAGAACUGUGGUCUUCUCAGCUUCAGGUGAAGAGAUAUCAGACAGACAGACACAACCUCUGACAUGUGAGGAGAUGAAGCACUGAACACUGGGAGCAAAGCAUGGACAGCUUCUGUGAAGACUUGGCCCUCCAGGGAGUUUGAAACACUUGUGGUUGAUUUUGUUGAUUUGUCAGUUGGCUAGUUUGUCUUACAUGGUAUCGAUCGUGUUUCUAACCCAGAGACUUUGGGACAACGCAAUGCCAAGUUAUCUCUCUCACGACACCAGCGUCAGAAGAACUAUUACAGUUGUUGUUGUUGUACAUAAGUAUGUACUGAAACAGUACUCAAAGAGCUAUAUGAAGAAUAAUAUAAAUGUUACAUUUAUAAAUCUGAGAGUUGAUUCUUGUUGUGUGAAAGCUUUAAAUGUUAAAAUGCCUAAAUAUCGUUUGAUUCAUGUUGAUCUCACAGUUAAGUAGGUAACUCCCUGGGCUUAAACUGUUCUGUUGACUUCUGGAUAAAUCUGUAGCAGUGUGUUAUGACCACCACUGUCAAAAUGUGUAAAACAAUAGAUUUUAAAUAAAUAAGCCAUGUUACUUCUAAAUGUCCGUUAUACUUCCUAUUUAUCAAACAAGAAAUUCCAUAAUCUCAACUAUUUUGAAAAGCCUUAUGGACUAGUCCAUUACAAAUAGUUUGUGCUUUGUUUGAUUUUUUUAAAUGUAGACCUCAAUCUCCGUGAGCCCUUCCUUAGGCCAAUGUCGAGUUCCCCUUACUACCCCAUUUCUAAUUCAGUUACAGAUGUAGCAGUGAGUGUGAACGCACUGUUACAUUGUCAUUAACUCCUUUGCCUGUCAAAUGGGAAGGCGCUCGUGAUACACUUACACUCCUGCAGAGGGCGCACAUCACCAGCUACCUACCUGGCCCACUUAGUGGUGUGUGAAUGAAUAACUGGCAUCUAACCCUCAGGAAUUCAAAUGACUGCAUUGUGAGAGCAAAAUGUCUCACUUAUUUGUCAAAUCAAUGAUUUUGGUUGUUUAGCUCGCAAAUGAAUAAAGCAUGUUUCAGCAGA